AUGGAUACAAUUAUUAAUGAGCUUAUAAACUAUUACAAGAGCUUGCUGGGAUUUUCUGGAAUCACUUCUGAGCCUGAUCUGGAAACUAUAGCAAAUGGUCCUGUCCUCUCAUCAAAUCAAAGGGAAAUUCUUGGUUCUCCUGUCACUAGAGAUGAAAUUAAGCAUGCGGUUUUUACUAUGUCAGAUGAUAAAAGCCCUGGUCCAGAUGGCUUUAGUGCAUCUUUUUUCAAAACUGCAUGGGAUAUUAUCAAAGAUGAUAUGUGUAAAGCAGUGGGUGAAUUCUUUUACACUGGUCUGGGUUUCCCUGAAAAUUUGAUCACAUGGGUAAUGGAAUGCAUCUCUACGCCUAAGUUCUCCUUGUCAAUUAAUGGUUCAUUACAUGGGUAUUUUAAGGGGGCUAGAGGCUUGAGACAAGGGGAUCCAUUAUCUCCUUAUUUGUUUGUGCUUGGAAUGGAAUAUCUAUCCAGGAAACUCAAAACCCUCAGUACUGAAAGUAUGUUCAAGUAUCAUCCGAAAUGUGCAAGGAUGGGGAUUACACACUUGAUUUUCGCUGAUGAUUUGCUCCUCUUCUGUAGAGCUGACAUAGAUUCAAUUGCUAAAAUUAACAACUGUCUGCAGGAAUUUAGUAGAGUUUCUGGACUGGAGGCCAACUCUUGUAAAAGCUCUGUUAUCAUGAGUGGGAUUGAAGAAAACACAAAAGAACAAAUAUGUUCAUACUUAAACUUCCCCGAGGGUUCAUUACCUAUGAGAUAUUUAGGAUUACCCUUAGUUUCAAAGAGGCUCUCUUUUUUGGACUGCUCACCUCUGAUUUCAAAGAUAUCAGACCAGCUCCAAAACUGGCAAUCCAGGGGAAAAUUAUCUUAUGCUGGGAGAAUCCAACUAAUCAAGACUGUUAUAUUGGGGAUUCAAAUAUAUUGGACAAGCAAUUAUAUUUUGCCAAUUAAGGUACUGGAGAAAAUUGAUAAGCUAUGUUCUGCAUUCUUGUGGGGGAACAAAAUCCACCUUGUCUCCUGGGCAGAAGUUUGUAAGGCCAAGAAUUUAGGAGGAUUGGGUCUAUACUCCGCAAAACUGUGGAAUUAUUCUGCUGCUAUCAAAAUGAUAUGGAUGAUUCAUUCUAAAAAGGAUCUAUUAUGGAUAAAAUGGAUACAUGGGCACUACUUAAAAAAUCAGGAUAUCUGGCAAGUGCAACCAAAGAGAAAUGAUUCUUGGAUGUGGAGACAAGUUCUAAAGGUGAGGAAUAUAGCGAUAUGCAGAUUUGGGGAUGUGAACAAUCUCUUUAGGAGCAUUGCUAAAUGUCACAAUGAAGGUAAAAUGAAAAUUUCAUCUAUAUACAGUGCUAUUUCUCAAUUCACAGCUGUUGCUCCCUGGGUGAAUACAGUAUGGGGAGGCUUACAUUACCCCAAGCAUUCAAUCAUCUUAUGGCUUGCAGUCCUAUCGAAGCUUCUGACCAAAGACAGGCUGUGUAACAUGGGUAUGUUAGAUAUUAAUCAAUGUAUACUGUGUGCUGAUACUGGUAAUUACCUAGAGACCAGGAAUCACUUAUUUUUUGAUUGCCGAUACUCUUCUUAUGUCUGGAACAAACUGAUGGCAUGGUUAGAGUUUCCAUGGAGGUCUUGUAGUUGGGAUCAGGUUUUGAGAUGGUACAGCAACAACUUGAAGGGGGUUGGUUUUAUGAAGAGGAUAAAAAGAAUGGUAUUUUCCGUGGCUGUUUACUGGAUAUGGAAGGAGAGAAAUAUGAGGACUUUUCAACAAAAAAGCCGCAGUCCCGAUCAACUGGUCAGAGAGAUUAAAAUUACAUUGCUAUUAAAGAUACUAAAUGAAGAUAUACCUGAACACUUGAGAGAUAAAAUAGGAAAAUUGUAA